GUAGUGGACUACAUCCCGUCCAUCUUCGACAAGCUCGCGGACGAGCUGGGCGUGUCUCUGGGCGCCGCGGCGCCGCUCAAGCUCGAAGGCGCCGGCAAGGACGCCGUGUCCCUCGACACCCUCAAGGACAUGAUCCUGUUCCUCGCCGACAACGCCGCCGGCCUGACCGCCCUCGCCGACUACCACGUGCCCUCGGCCACCGUGAUGCACCAGCGGGGCAUGGAAGUCACGGUGGCGGCCAUGUACGAGGCCUUCAUUCCCGCCCUGGCGGAGGAACUCAGGUCCUACGUGGGUCUCGACGGCCCGCUCGGGGAAGAUGCCAGGGCCCUGGAAUUGCGGGUCAAGUGGAGCAGGGAAAUGUUUUUGAAGCUCGUGCGGAGGUUGAUUAGCGUGAGUUGCAUCGAGCCGUUGUUGGAGAAGGCGCAAGAGUUUGCCGGGCAGAAUUGUCCGCUGGUGGACGACUACUUCCAGAUUAUGCAUUCAUGUUCCAACGAACAGCUGUUCAUGGAGGACUAUUUGAGGUAUUUUCCGUUGGAAGAGGAUCUCGAGCUUUUCGACCAAUGCGACGUGAAGACGGACGAAAUGACGAAGAAUUACGUGCUGGAUGCGUUGAAGAAGAUUGUCAAGCAUCGUCAAGAAACUGUGAGAUUCCCAGAGCCACGCUUUCCUGAGCCCGUCAAGAGUGGGCCACCUGCGGCGCCACCGGCGUCCCCAGUCCAGUUCAAGGCGCCGAAGAAGAGGAUUGUCACUGGGGCCAAACUUGAGUCUUUGAUUAGUCAGGUUACAGAUUUGCUGCCGGAUCUUGGAAGAGGAUUCGUGCAUGCCUCCUUGGACCAUUUUGAAUACGACUCUGAGCAGACGAUCAAUGCUAUUUUAGAAGACCAUUUGCCAGGGCAUUUGAAGCAAAUGCGUAGAGAGACUGAAGUUUGGGUCACACCUGACGCCGAUGACGACGACAAGGUUUGCGAAGAACUUCUGCGGAUCAAAUCCAUAAAAGAAGUUGGAGAAAUGGAUGGAGAUUUGUACCCACUCGGGAAAGGAUUCGGGCUUCCAGGCGUGGACCACUUCAAGAAGAACUCUGAGAAAAUGCAAAUGUUUAACGAUGCUUUGUUGCCUGGGCAUUUGAAGCGCGAGGCUGAUUUAUGGGGAACGGGUGAUGCCAAUGAAGAGGAAGAUGUCGAUGAAGAACUGCUGAAAAUCAAAUCCAUUCACAAGGGCAAACGAGACGACCUGAAGGACGUGUUGAACCGGAGGCCGGACUUUACGCAGGCGGAGCGAGACCGUUAUUGGCACUACGGAAGCGCGACGGAGUUCCUGCCGUCGACUCGCAUCGCGGACGAAUUGGACGACGACGACGAGUACGACGACACCUACGACGCCGAGCCCGAGUUCCGCCCGGAAGGCGUGUCCCAGCACCUGGACGAAAAGCCGGGCCACGGCGGCGGUGGCGGAGGGAGAGGAAGUGUUCGCGGGGCGCCUCGUGGCGCCGGUCAGGACGACGAAACGUUGCGGAACCGACGCAAGAAGGAACAAAACAAGUCUGUUUCUGGGAAUCAUAAUCGCCGGGCCCAGGCCCAGUGGAAACGGCGGCAGUGCUGA